CAAGCAGCUACAUCACAUUGCGUCUUUGUGUCGUUUCGCUAACGGAAUGUCCGGACGAGAUCUCUCUCAUUCUCAAAGGAAAGCACGCUUCUGCACGGCAUGCAGAGCUCACGGACGCCUCGAACCGAUCAAGGGUCACAAACGUCAGUGUCCUUUUCAACGCUGCGCGUGUCCUAAUUGCGUUCUGGUUUUUGAACGACGACGGGUCAUGGCCGCUCAGAUAAGUCUCAGACGCAUGCAGCAGUCACUGGUUGGAGAUGGCGUUGCGCCUCCUUUCAGCAGGAGCUAUAACGGUUUGUCACUUGACUCAACAAAUGGUGCAGGAAAUACUGACGAAAAAGCCAAAGUGAUCGGAAAUGGCACCAGUGAUACUGCGCAAAGGAUGAUUCAGAUGGCUUUGUCUGGUGACCAACAAAAUGUUGUAUACAACAGGCAGCUGGCCUAUUUGCUCUACAUAUUUCCAACCUAUCCAUUGCUUACCAUCAAGAACGUUUUUGAUGCGUGCAGUUGCAUGGUUGGUACUGCCUACCACGUUUUGGAAAACCACACGCACACUGUCACUAGAGAGAGAGCACGAGCUACUGCUGAAUUGAAUGAACGCCCGUGGCUUUCUUCAUAUGUCUACACACCAAGCUCAUUCAAAAGUGGAUCAUCACUGUCGUCACCCAUGAAUUCUUUCAGCCUGGUUGGAUCUUAUCCUAGUUGUGAUAUUAUGUCAGCCAACCCAAGUGUUCAUUCUGGAACUGAAGCAUCCCAUCCCAUACCUGCAUCCACUGAUGGUAUGCAUGUUUCUGAACUUGAGAUAGCUGGAGUGAAUGCUGGGGAACAUGAUUUAGUUACUCUGUGGAGUGAUGCUCAACUAAGUUCCUCAGCAAACCAAGGCAUUGCUGACAGUGAUCUUGAUGCUGGUGCCUUGACUUCUGUUGUUUCAUGUAUUCAAGUGAGUGGCGAGGCAGAGCGGGAUGAAAAGUUGGUAGAAACUCUUGAAUCAGAACAAACAACAAAUGAGGCUGCUGCUGCUCUUAUGGAACUGACAAUCAAUAGUGCUGCUAGUCACACUAGUUGUUAGUUGUCUGGUCAUAUAUAGAGAGCUACAUGGAACUACGUAUUCUACGAAUAGUCUUUUAAACUUCGUUUAGUGCAUACUUGAUUGCCUGUAAGGAUUUCUGUGGUAUGGUGUGGUGUGGUUUGGUGGUGGUAGUGUGUGUUUUGGUUUGUUUAUGUUUUUUGUGUCUGUGCUGUGUGUGUCUGCAAUUGUGUUUGGAGACUGCAAAAUCAUUGGAGAAGCCUCAACUAGAUUAUCAAAGUAGACAACAGACGGAAGCUUGGAAUACUAUUACAAUGGCUGACACAUUAAUUUAUGUCUCUUGAGAGUCUAUCAUGCUCAUAUUAUCUUUGCAAAGUACAUCCAUGCAUAUGCGUUCCUCAAGCAAAUUGUCAUACUGGUACCGGACAAGACUAGCACGAGAGUCUGGGGACGAGGCUUCAUAUGCGGGCUAUGUCAGUGGGAUUGCAAUUUUGAUUUUUCAUAUAUCGAAGGCAGGAAUGCUGAUGUUUAAGGACUGUGUACUCAAACAAUCAACCAAUUAAAUAACAACUGACUGAAGUCAUUGCAUUGAUUAAUUGGUUGCUUUUGGCAACUUAUUAUGUGAGUCUACUAUUCUGACAGCAUUUGUUUUAUUGAUAUCAGCUGUUUCAUUGAUGUAUUGAUGUAUGGAUUAAUUACUACAUGCAAUUAUUUGUAAAGUACCAAAUAGUGCACUUAAAGUAUAUAUCAUUGGCUUUAGUUGUAUGGCUGCUGUGUUUGAUGAUUAUUGUUGUGAGUAUCUCAAUCUCUUGUGACUUACUAAGCCAGGACACAUUUAUGCAAACAGAAAUAGGUGCUCUUGUUUAUGCAAAGUAAUCUAACAGGACUGAAAUUUGUUUAGUAUUGAAUUCUAAUGAGAAAUACAUUGAAGAGAAAGAUUUUCUGUUUAGUAUUUAGUCUAGAAAUCCAGAUAGAUAGAUAGUUUUAUAAAAAAGAAAAAAGAAAAGAAAAUUAUGUUACAAUAAAUGUACGUUCAUUCUAAUCACUCUGUAACUACUUUUGCAAUAGUAUGACAUAUAGUGCUAAUACCUAUCAAAUUCAUGAGAUCUAGAGCACGUGUCUGGACUUUGCAGUGUUCACGGCUUUUUGUCAAAGCAAAUUAGGAGAAUUUGAUAAAAUCUUGCAGUUGCGCUUUCACUUAUGUCAUAUGGUCAGAUGUCAUCUUUUCAACAUCAUAUUAAUUUAGUUUACAGGACUGGUGUUUUUGUACAGUUUUUAAAUUUCAUGCAUUUUUGAA